UCCGGUUCCGCCGCCGCGGCUGGUAGCGGCAAACGACGUCGUGCCGACGGUGGUGGCGGUGGUGGUGGGAGCAGCCUCCGUUUUAUUUCCGUCACGGCCUCGCUGGGGCCGGCCUCGCGAGUGCGUUCCUUUCGCGGGAGUCUCUCUACACGAAGACCGACGAACGACGACGACAACGACGACGACAACAGCGGUGACGGUGAGGAGUCGCGCGAUGGAGGACAGUUACACGGUUCACAGACGUCGCAAGGCGGCCGCUAGGAAGCGGGAGAAGACGCCCGAUCCUUCGUCGAGGGGUGCCGCGUCGCGCAUGGACACCUCGGACGACGAGGACGAGGAGAGGCGCGCCAGAAUGGAGAGGAUGGCCGAGGAAGCGGAGAAAAUGGAGCAGCAACAGAAGGAGAGACUGUCACAAGUGACUGUGAAACAGGAGGUGCCCUUGAAGGAGCUGGAGGACAAGGAGAAGAAAGGGGACAGUCGGGAGCAGCGUCCCGCCAGAAGAAAAGAUAGGACUGAUGCGAGGAAUUCCACGAAUGUGGAUGACAUGAUCGCUGUACGCGCCGAGGUGGCCGCCAAGUCGGCGGCUGGGAAUAAUUCGAAGACGCGUGAGGCUGACGCCGCAGCUGCUGGUAACAACAGCACGCAACCAGUGAAGCAGCCCGCCGAAGUAGCGAAGAGGCCUGAUGACGGUACCACAAAGAGAGACGUCAGUAGACCUGAGAUUGUUCAGGCGGUCAAGGACGGUGUUGUUCAAGAGACGUCGGAGACGCCGAAAGAGGUAAGCGGUGAGAUUGGCAGAUCUGUCGAAAUCCGCAAAGCCGAAAGGCGAUUUAAAAGGAGGUCGAAGGAACGCGCGGAGAGAUAUAGCCGGUCAACGGACUCCAGCGAUGUGGACGAAAAGAGCGAAUCCAGUCGAAGGCGGACGAAGUCACCGGAGGCGAUUAGAUCUCGGGUGAAGAAGACGAGCGGAAGGAGUCGACUCAGUGAUCCGGAAGCACAGAAGAAAGACGCCGAGAGACAGAACCGAGAGAAGAGGUCAUCGAGUCGGCAGAAGCUGGAAGACGAGUUCCAGACGAGAGAUGACACCGAGAAGCCACGUACGAGACCUUGCAGACAGAUCGAAGACACGGACGAAGAUCUGAAAACGGUGAAGAGGAGCGAGAGUCUCCCGCGGAGAUGUGCCGAGGAGAGGAUAUUGAAGAGGUCCUCGGCCGAGAUGAAGAAGCAGAUCAUCCCGCUGAGCAACGAGAGUCUGAUCGAGGAUUUCGCGAAGGCUCAGAGAGAAUAUCUACUAAGGGAACGUAGCAUCUUGGACCCGGAAACCGCGGAUGCGUUUGAAGACACGGUAGAAGUUAGUUGCUUGAGGAGACGGAAGUUCAGUCUGGCGUACAGCGAAAGCGAGUACGAGGACGUCGUUCAGAAUGUAGUGCAGCCUUCCGAUAAGAAGAAAUCGUGGUUCUCUUGGUUAUCCUUCUGGCGCGGGAAGAAGAAGGAUGAAGACACCACAGAGAAGAAGAUCGAGGACGAACCGAAGCCCGUCCCGAAAGUCGAGGAGCUCAAAGUGGACAGGCGAGAAACGGUGGAGAAGAUUACUCUAUUGGACUUCUUCAGAGCUCUCAGAGAUAUCGUCGGCGAGUUCAAAGUCUUCGUGGGGCAGAACCCGCGUGAGACCACGGUCAUUAGGCGGCUGCGUAAUCGCUGCAUAGCCGGGUUGCUGCUCGUGGUGAUCUACUGUGGCCUCGGCGGCUUCGUCUUCCGCUUCGUCGAGGGCGCUUUCGAAACAUUCUACAAAUGUGGCGUGAAGCGCGUGAAGCGCGAUUUCCUAGAUACCCUGUGGAAUUACAGCCACAGUCUAAGGGAGGACGACUGGAAGAGCAUGGCGCGUAGGAAAUUGAUGGAGUUCGAGGAACAGCUUCACACGGCUCACGAAGCCGGCUUGCAUACGUACAGCGGUCAGAAAAGUUGGAGUUUUUUGAAUGCGGUCGUGUACUCUCUCACUGUCAUCACCACUAUCGGAUACGGACACAUCUCACCAAGUACGGACACAGGAAGAGCCAUCACGAUUGUGUACGCUAUUUUCGGCAUCCCGAUGUUUCUUAUCAUCUUGGCCGACUUUGGUAAAUUAUUUACACGCGGUAUAAAGUUUCUGUGGGUAUUCGUAAGGAGGUUGUACUACACUGGUAGCUGUCGCAAAGUCCGUCGUACUGUACCUGUUCAGGAAGUUAUGAAGGGCGUGCAACUCGUCUACGAUCUCGCCAAAUUCCGGCGACCCUCGCAAAUGAAUCCGGAGGAGAUCCAGGAAAUGCAGCGGCAGCAGGCACAGGAGCCGCAGACAGUUCUGAAUGUGGAUGCCAGCGCGCCGGACUCGCCGGGUACGCCGGCAUUGUCGGCGUUCGCCAUCGACGACGAGUUCAAUCUACCGAUUUCGGUGGCAAUCAUCAUUCUUCUGGCUUACAUCUUCAUAGGCGCCACUCUAUACUCAAUGUGGGAACCUUGGAACUUCUUUGAGAGCUUCUACUUCGUCUUCAUCUCAAUGAGUACCAUCGGCUUCGGCGAUUACGUACCGAAGCAUCCCAUAUUCAUGAUGUGUUCGAUAGUAUACCUGGUGUUCGGCCUGGCGCUCACGUCUAUGUGCAUCAAUGUCGUGCAGGUGAUGCUAUCGGAUUCAUUCAAGCAGGCGAGCCAGAAGAUCGGAGCCACGAUCGGUUUCGAGGUCGCCGAGGACGACAACUCGGUGAAACCGGCGCCGCCGCCGCCGGUCGAGGUGGCGGACGUUCAUGUGAGCGCGAAGGAGUCUGAGAGCGACGAAAAGAUCGCGCCUAGGGCCAAGCAGGAGGACGUCGACCUGUAGAUGCAUUUCUUUCAAGAGGAAUUCCUACAUGUCUCGGUCGAGCGCUUGCUCGAGUUUGUUUCUCAGAUUACGUGAAAUGCGCCCCCCCCCCUCUCUCUCUCUCUCUUUCUCUCUGUCUCUCUCUCUCUCUCUCUCUAUGCCUUAUGAAAAUAAUUGUCCGCUGGCUUAAAUACGCAAGGCAAUGGUGAUAUGCGGUAAUCAUGCGGCACGUACGCAAUCGAGCUUCAAGAGACAAUCGAUGUCUUUAUCUGACAUGAGACCAGAGAAGUGCAAGAAGACAGUUGAUUUUGCAAUCUUCGAGGUUUCUCAGGAAAUUUGUGUGAGCUUUGAUCAAGUCCAAUUAAUCUGCCUCAUGGGACUCACCCAUACAGCACCGAAGCUUUCAGAAACAUUUCAGAAACAUUGCAACAUUGCAAGAAUGUUU